UGACAAAGGCCCCCCCCCUUUUCCUCUCUCAAAUCUCACUCUCCCUUCCACUCCCAUUAAUUUAAUUUAAUUCCUACAAAUAUUGUACUAACACCAACAAAAAGAAUAUAAUAAUAAUAAUAAUAAUAAUAAAUAACUGAACCAGCUCCUACUAAAAUUCAACUUCUAUAUAUCUUCUUCCCUGCUUCCCAUCUCUCCCAUCUCAUUCUUCUCCUCUCUCCUGUUCCUAUGAACACAGAAAUAAAGAAAUAACGUUUAUUCAUUCUUCAGUUACAGCAGACCCAAUUCAAUUGUAAUAAGAUCCAAUCUCAUUUUUUGAUGUGACCUCCUACUUUCAAUGUCGUUUUAGUAUGUGUGGUUGCACUAUUUGUUUUAUUGUCAUAAAAAGAGAGGCCACCGCAGAAAGGUGAAUUUCAGGGUGGCAAUAAUCGGAAUUUUAUUGCAGAUCUGAAUCUAUUAAAAUCUGGUUAGAUUUUCAAGAUCUGAUAAAGGAAAGUAAAAGGAAAACAAGAAAAUGGCAUUAGGAAAAUAUACUAGGAUAGAUACCAGGAGGCAAUCGACAAAUUACUGCUCCACAGUGACAAUUGUAGUCUUUGUGGCUCUCUGUUUGGUUGGGGUAUGGAUGAUGACAUCAUCAUCUGUUGUUCCUGGUCAAUCUGUAGAUGUGCCUGCUCAGGACACCAAGAGCGAGGUUAAGGAAGAAGCGCCCCCAAGCAAUGAAAGCAGUGGUAAGCAAUUUGAGGAUAGCCCAGGUGAUUUGCCUGAGGAUGCGACAAAAGGAGACAGCAAUACAAAUAAAUCUCAGGAAGAUAGCAACUCUAAUACACUACAAAAUCAAGAAGAAAAGCAAGAUGAAGUGAACAAGUCUGAUGAUGUCUCGAAUCCUAAGACUGAGACACAAAAGGAUGAAACUAAUACAGAAGAUGCGGAUUCUAAGACAUCAGAUGGAGAAACAAACUCAGAAGCUGGAGGGAAAGAUUCCAAUGGUAGUGAAAGCAGUGCAGCUGGACAAGGAGACUCUGAAGAGAAUACACAAGAUAACAAAUCUGAACCAGAGAACUCAGGUGAAACAGAGAAGAAAUCUAAUACUGACAAUACUGAGACAAAAUCAGAUGAUAAUUCUAGUGAAACUAAGGAUGGGAAAGAUGAGAAGGUGGAUAUAAAUGAUAAUAAUGACUCAGAGAAAACCACUGAUGGGCAGGCCAACAACCAGAAUGCUAGUGAAAUAUUUCCUUCAGGGGCCCAGUCAGAGCUUUUGAACGAAACUGCCACUCAGAACGGGUCAUGGUCAACUCAGGCAGCUGAGUCGAAAAAUGAGAAAGACGCUCAACUAGCUUCAGAUCAACAAAAGACAUACAACUGGAAAGUAUGCAAUGUCACUGCUGGGCCGGACUACAUCCCAUGUCUUGACAAUUUGCAAGCAAUUAGGAACCUACAUUCUACUAAGCACUAUGAACAUCGAGAGAGGCACUGUCCUGAAGAACCUCCAACCUGCCUUGUCCCACUACCUGAAGGGUAUAAACGCCCAAUUGAGUGGCCCAAAAGUAGGGAAAAGAUAUGGUAUUAUAAUGUUCCUCACACCAAACUUGCAGAAGUUAAAGGGCAUCAAAACUGGGUGAAAGUUACUGGUGAAUACCUCACUUUCCCUGGUGGUGGAACCCAGUUUAAACAUGGUGCUCUUCAUUACAUUGACUUCAUAAAUGAGUCUGUGCCUGACAUUGCAUGGGGAAAACGAUCCCGCGUAAUAUUGGAUGUUGGAUGUGGGGUUGCUAGCUUUGGAGGCUAUCUCUUUGAUAGGGAUGUCCUUGCAAUGUCAUUUGCUCCUAAAGAUGAACAUGAAGCCCAAGUGCAAUUUGCUCUUGAAAGAGGAAUCCCUGGUAUAUCUGCUGUGAUGGGUACACAGAGACUUCCUUUUCCAGCCCGAGUUUUUGAUGUCGUCCACUGUGCACGAUGUAGAGUCCCCUGGCAUAUUGAAGGUGGCAAACUUCUUUUGGAGUUGAAUCGAGUUUUGCGACCUGGUGGUUUCUUUGUGUGGUCUGCUACACCUGUUUAUCAGAAGAUUCCUGAAGAUGUUGAAAUUUGGAAAGCUAUGACUGAACUAACCAAAGCCAUCUGCUGGGAACUUGUGUCUGUUAACAAGGAUACAGUAAAUGGUGUGGGCAUAGCAAUGUACAGGAAGCCUACUUCCAAUGACUGCUAUGAGAAAAGAUCACAACAGGAGCCUCCUAUCUGUGAAGCGUCUGAUGAUCCUAAUGCUGCCUGGAAUGUCCCACUGCAAGCAUGUAUGCACAAGGUUCCAGUAGAUUCAGCAGAACGUGGGUCACAAUGGCCAGAGGAAUGGCCAGCCAGGUUGCAGCAAGCACCUUAUUGGAUGAUGAGUUCCAAAGUUGGGGUUUAUGGUAAACCAGAACCUGAGGAUUUUGCUGCAGACUAUGAGCACUGGAAGCGAGUGGUAUCCAAGUCAUAUCUAAACGGAAUGGGAAUAAAAUGGUCAUCUGUGAGAAAUGUCAUGGACAUGAGAUCUAUCUAUGGAGGUUUUGCUGCAGCUCUGAAGGAUAUAAACGUGUGGGUCAUGAAUGUGGUCCCAGUAGACUCCCCUGAUACUCUACCUAUAAUUUAUGAACGUGGUCUUUUUGGAAUCUAUCAUGAUUGGUGUGAAUCAUUUAACACCUAUCCUAGAACUUAUGAUCUUCUCCAUGCGGAUCAUCUCUUCUCAAAGAUUAAAAAGAGGUGCAAUCUAGUAGCAGUAAUUGUGGAGGUUGAUCGGAUACUUAGACCAGAAGGAAAGCUAAUUGUCCGAGACAAUGUUGAGACAGUUACUGAGCUGGAAAACAUACUGAGGUCUAUGCACUGGGAGGUCCGUAUGACCUACUCCAAGGAGAAGGAGGGAUUGCUUUAUGUUGAGAAGUCCAUGUGGCGACCCAAAGAGUCGGAGACGAUCACUUAUGCCAUUGCUUAAGCAAAGAUUCAUGCGGUUACUGCUGCAUCGUUGAGGCUAUAUUGCUGGUGAGAUUAGGUAUUCUUUUCUUUUUUCUUUUGUUCUUGUUCCUAAUAGCAAUUCAUUGCACCUGUUUCUCCACGUUAGCUGAUGUACUAUGUUAAUUAGGCCCUUCAUUGUCCUAUGUAUUCAUGUUAGUUUUGACUUUUAUCCUAUAUUGGAGUUGCAGUUUUCUGUGUAAUGUCACAUCACGAGUUUUCUCUGAAAGAAAAACCAAUACAUUCUUGAAAUGAGAAGUCCAUCAUUAAAGAAUUGGACAUAUAACAUCAGAUUUUAUUUUUA